AUGAAUUUUCCCUGGGGCCGGCUGGCUGCUUUUAUUGUCGCUGCUCUGGCCCUCUCGCCCCGCCGGGCCUUCACAUCUCGCACUGACUGCACAUCCGAGACAGGUUCCGGUCUCACUCUUGAUGCAGAUACCCGGUAUCACAAGGCUUGGACCGUCCCAAUCUCCGGAGCGAAGCCUCUGUUUGGCCUGAACAAGCGCAUUCUGGACGUCGGGAGGAGAGACUGUGUUGCCAACGGCUCCAAUUAUUGCUUCGGUAACAAUGUCGACUUCUGUGCCGGCUGCGGAAACUGCUGUAUCGAAGGGAACUACUGUUGUGGGAAAGGGAAAAUCUGUUCUGAGGCGAAAUGUCUCAAUCCUCUUCAAAGGGCGCCCGUAACUGCCACCUCAACCAUCUUCCAGACCGUCAAUCUAGUUGCAACGCAGCGAGCCACGGUUGUGAUAGUUGUGAUUGAAAAAUCAACCGUCGUCUCUGCUGUCGAUGCCACCAUAUCGACUGCUGCCACUCAGACCAGCAUCGUGUGGGUGACCGCGACGGCAACUGCCCUUGCAGAAAGGGCACCCACGGGUCUCGGUCUGCCAGAUCAAACCACAUCGGACCACGUAACAUCAACCGUGCCGCCACAGAAUUGCAACGAUGCUGCUCUUCGUCCGAGGCAAGCGAAGCAGGGGCCUCCUCCAACAGUGACCAGCUAUGUCACUGAGACUACCGAACUCACGAGCAUCUCUACAACAUUCAUCACUGUGCACACAACUUCAACCGAAGUGACUACCGUCUAUCUAACCAACACUCGGGUGCUGAGAGCAGAUACAACAACCACCAUCACUUCCACUCUGACCCUCACCUCCCAUCGAUCCUCAACCUCGACCCUCACAACAACAGCACCAGCCAGUCCCAUCAUCCCCCCUUCAACCGCCAGCUCUCAGCCAGACGCAUCCACCUCCCUCAACCCCAUCUCAACCCCCCCUCAACGACUCCCAACCCAAACCAUAGCCGGCAUCGCGGCAGGCAGCAGCGUCCUAGCCCUUUUCCUCGCAGGCUUCGUGAUCCUCGCUGUCCGGCGCCGCCAUCACAGCUCCCCCAAACAGGAUGAGGACGGCGAGGUAUUCUCCACCGGUACUAGCAUCUUCCAUGAUAAUACCCCUGGCGGCGGCGGCGGAGAUUCUAUGGCUAUGAGACAGCCGACUCUACCGGUCCUGCCACACUUCGCCGUGCUGCCGCCGGCGCAUCACGCCGUCGAGUAUCGGCUUCCUGUCACUGCUGCUGGCGCUGCUGCGGGGGGAAGUUAUGGAAGGCAGCAGCAGAAGCAUGGGGCUGGAGGAGAGUAUCUGGUCGUCAUUCCCCCACCUCAUCGCGGCUACAGACACUAUGUCGCUCGGGGGAGAGGUGGUGGCGAUACUGCUCAUGGUGCUAGUGGUGGCGGGCAUCAGAGGAAUGGAUCGGGGUAUACCACGCUCGUUGGCACACCCAGUCCCACUGUCGCCGGGUUUGGACUUCAUCCUGCUAGAGGGGACGGGGCGUCAAGGGCUGCAGGGCUAUGCGGUGGGGUGUCCUUGGCCCGGGCCGGUAGAAGCUGAUGACGGUUUUAUGUUGCCUCCUUGGGCUUUGUCCUGGCCAUGCGACUGAGGGUGGACGGCGCGGGGUGGAUUCUUGGCCUUUACCUUCUUCGGAUGCCGGCUCGCCGCGUAUACCAGAUUGUGAGCAUCCGAUGGCUCAAGCAGCAGUGGUGGGAGAGCUGGAAGGUGAUGAUGUGGCUCGGGAGUUGGAUGAGGCUGAUAAUGGUUGGCGCGGGUGACUUGGAAACGAGAUUUUUCCUCAUCUUCCGCCUCACCUUUCUAGCUUCUUCGGUUUCGGUCUGUCUACAUGGUUUUCCCUUUUUCUUUCUUUUUCCUUCUGUUUUCGC